AUGCAUGUGAAAACUCUUAUUUUACUAAAUAUAUUAUUGAUUCAUUGUUUAUAUGGAAAAUAUAGAAAAAAUGAAAAAAAAUUAUAUAUUAGUUCAUAUACUAAUAAAUGGAGGUCUUGUAAUUUAAUUAAAAAAUAUGUACGUAAUUUCAAGAACAAGAAUUGUGACAAAAUUGAUACUCUGGAAAAUGAAUACGGUAUGAGCUUUAAAAUUUUAAAAGUAAAUGAAAAUAAGGUAAUAGAUAAUUUAAAAAAGAGAAGAAUGGAAAAAUAUUUAAAUACUGUUGAAAUAUUAAAAAAGUUAAUAGAAGAAAAAAAUAAAUUAGAGACAAUAAGGAAUAGUUUAAGGAAUAAAAGAAAAAUAUUAUCAGAUGAAGUAAAAAAUCUAAUGUUUGCUACAAAAGAUUCAAAUAAGAAUGCUAUAAAAAUUGAAAAUUCAUACCUAACUAAAAAGGAAAAGGAUGGACUAUGCUCAGAAAGUGAUAGUUGCAGAAAAAGUGAAAAUAAUGAAUCACAUGAUUUCUUUAUAGAGUACAAAAAUUGCAAAAAAGUAGAAGAAAAUAACAAAAUAGAAGACUUUCAAAUAAAUUAUGAAAAAGAAAUAGAGAAUAUUAAAAAUGAAAUAAAUGAAAUCAGUAGUAACAUUUAUGAUAAUGAGGCAAAAAUAUCAGAUUUGAAAUUAAAAAUAGAAAAGUAUUUCAAUAAAAUGCCAAACAUUUUAUUGAAUAUCGUACCUCAAGGGCAAACAAUAAGCGAUUGUAAAAUAGUUAAAACUUAUAAAAUAAAAAGUAUCAAGCUUAAUAAAGAAAAUGCUAUCAUAGAGCCUCAUGAAAACAUUAUAAAAAAAUAUGAUAACAAUUAUAUAUUUUCAAAUAUAUCUAAUAAAAUUGGUUUUGGCUAUAACAUUCUAGUAAAUAAUAUAGCAAAAUUAGAAAAAGCAUUAAUAGAUUUUAUGAUAAAUACUCAUGUAAAUAAAUUUAAGUAUACCUAUAUAAAAACUCCUGUAAUUGUAACAAAAUCUGCAUUAACAAACACUGGGCAAUUACCAAAAUUUAAAAAUGAUUUAUUUAAAAUUAAUAAAAAUUAUAAAAUUUUAAAUGAAGAAGCGUAUUUAAUCCCAACAAGUGAAGUUUCCUUAUUAAAUUUAUUUAAAAAUUCUUUAAUAGAUCAUAAUAAUUUGCCUAUUAAAUUAGUUAGCCAUUCUUCAUGCUUCAGAAUAGAAAAAAAACUUACAUAUGGGAAGGCAUCAAAAGGAUUAUUGCGUGAACAUAUUUUUGAAAAGGUAGAAUUAGUAGCUAUUACUGAUAAAAAAAGUUCUCUUUAUUAUUAUAAAGAAUUAAUUAAACAUUGUGAAUAUAUUUUAAAGAAAUUAAAAAUACCAUAUAGAUUAGUGUUAUUAAAUUCUGUUGAAACACCAUUUUCUUCAUCAAUUUGUUAUGAUAUAGAAGCUUGGUUGCCUAGUCAAAAAAGAUUUAUUGAAGUAUCUUCAUGCUCUAAUUGCCUAGAUUUUCAAUCAAGGAAGUUAAAUUUAAAAUUUAAACAAAAUGAUAAAAAAAAUUUUUGUCACACUAUAAAUGGAUCUGGUUUGGCUGUAGGAAGAGUUUUGGCAAUUAUAUUAGAGCAAUAUCAAAUUCAAAAUAAGGAACAAAAUGAGAACAUUCAACUAAUUAUUCCAAAGCCCUUAAGAAAAUAUAUGAAUGCUUCAACAAUAAAUUUAUAA